GUCACAGUUUGAGCCAAGAUGGCGGCCACGAUGCUGAGGUCGCUCUCCAGGCUCGGACGUCCUUCAGCCAAAAUCAUUGCACAUAACGGUUUCCUCAGUCCCAGCUGCACCGUGCUACAAAGCAGGCAGAAGCAAUGGCAGCCUGAUGUGGAGUGGACUGAGCAGUUUGCUGGAGCAGUCAUGUAUCCCACUGCUCUUAACGAGAAGUGGACACCUCCUCCAUGGAAUGAUGUAGACCCUCCUGCUGAGAAAGACUUGUCUAACCUGACCAUAAACUUUGGCCCCCAGCACCCGGCAGCUCACGGGGUGCUGCGGUUGGUCAUGGAGCUGAGCGGGGAGUCGGUCAAAAAGUGUGACCCCCACAUCGGCCUGCUGCACCGGGGCACAGAGAAGCUCAUUGAAUACAAGACAUACCUGCAGGCCCUACCAUACUUUGACCGCCUUGACUACGUGUCCAUGAUGUGUAAUGAGGAGGCCUACUCUCUGGCUGUGGAGAAACUGCUCAACAUCCAGGCCCCUCCCCGCGCCCAGUGGAUCCGAGUGCUGUACGGUGAGCUGACACGCAUCCUUAACCACAUCAUGGCCAUCACCACCCACGCGCUGGACAUCGGAGCCAUGACACCCUUCUUCUGGAUGUUUGAGGAGAGGGAGAAAAUGUUUGAGUUUUACGAGAGAGUUUCCGGGGCCCGAAUGCACGCUGCUUAUGUACGACCUGGAGGGGUGCACCAGGAUUUGCCGUUGGGCCUGAUGGACGACAUCUAUGAGUGGUGCAAGAACUUUUCCAUCCGGAUUGAUGAAGUGGAAGAGAUGCUGACCAACAAUCGUAUUUGGAAGAAUCGAACUGUGGACAUUGGGGUGGUAUCUACAGAGGAUGCUCUCAACUAUGGAUUCAGUGGAGUGAUGCUGCGAGGCUCUGGAAUCAAAUGGGAUCUGAGAAAAUCGCAACCUUAUGACAAAUAUGACGAGGUGGAGUUUGAUGUGCCCAUCGGGACUAAUGGAGACUGCUACGACAGAUACCUGUGCCGAGUGGAAGAGAUGAGACAGUCCCUCAGAAUCAUGCUCCAGGCCCUGAAUAAGAUGCCCGAGGGGGAGAUCAAGGUGGAUGACGCCAAGGUGGCCCCCCCAAAGAGAGCAGAGAUGAAGACUUCCAUGGAAUCUCUCAUCCACCACUUUAAGUUGUACACAGAGGGCUACCAGGUCCCUCCUGGGGCCACCUACACCGCCGUGGAGGCUCCUAAGGGUGAGUUUGGAGUGUACUUGGUGUCUGACGGCUCGAGCAGACCCUACCGCUGCAAGAUCAAAGCCCCUGGAUUUGCUCACUUGGCUGGGUUAGACAAAAUGGCCAAAGGACAUAUGCUGGCUGAUGUAGUAGCUAUUAUUGGCACACAGGACAUAGUGUUUGGUGAAGUUGACCGCUGAAGAGAGAACUGCUAUCUGUCUCUUCCUGUUCACAAUUCAGCCUGCUUUUGUUUGAUGUCUUCUAAUUUUACUGUACAAUGCUCAAAAAAUGAAUAUACCUAAUAAAUAUUUUACAACUCCA